GUCGGAUGCGACGUGCGGCCAUCGUCUUGGCGAUCCCUGUGAAACGCCAUGCAACCGCCGGAAACGCCGCGUGGAUAUCGUCGUUGGUGCAUGCGAUGACGAAGAAGAUCCUGCUGGAUCGCGUCCGCCACGUCCUCGACGAGCUCUUUGUCGACGUGUGUGCCGACAAGGUCGAGUUUUCCGCGCUCGGCGACUUGUUCCAGGACAGCCACUUUCGUCUGCGCGAUUCGUUCGUCAAGGCGAAUGUGUUCAAUACGCUGCCGAUCCCGAUGGAGAUCAAGGUCGCGUACGUUGGUGACAUCCGCAUCGAGGGAUUGUGGGGCGUGAUGGCGGCGGGGUCGGCGCUGCGAUGCACGAUUCGCGACUCGCUGUUUGUGUUUGGCGCCAAGCAAGACGUCAACUGGACCGACGAGCUCCAGUUGCGGUACGCGCACGAACUUGCCGUGGCGCUCGUCCAUCGUGUGUGGAAUCGAUACCACAUUCAGGGCAAAGGGUCGUCAACGAACGAGUCCACCAAGACAUGGAUCCAAAAACGAGUGACGGCCGCGCUGCACAGCAUGACGAUUCAAGUCGAGAACACGCACUGCCGCAUCGAGAUCGACGAACUCGAUCGUGAUGGCCACAGGACUGGAACGACGGACGUCAUGGGCAUCAUCUUGCCGAAGCUGUCAGUGUACUCGACGGACAUGGCAUGUGCCAUCUUGACGCGGCGCGCCCUGCCGCCGCAAAUUCCUGUCGUUGCAGACGGCAUGUCCAAGGUGGUUGCGAUCGACGGUAUACAAGUGUACACGACGCGCAUCCCGACUGCAACGCGGACGCGGGACGAGUGGAAAGCCCACUUCCAGCGCCAUUGGCCGACCGAAGUCCACACCCCCGUCCUCGUACCGGCCGACAUCAAAGCCAAGGUCGACCUGGAGAAGUGCCGCGCGAUGAAGAAGUUGCACGUGCGCGCGGUCGACGUGCAUGUGAACCAGCUCAACGUUGGCCUCGAUCUCCAGCAGAUCGAUGUGCUCGGCCGCUUCCUGCGCCAUUUGGACACGCACGAGCGAUACACUCGCUACCGCAAGCUGCGGCCGACGCAGGUCCGACGAACGGACGUGGAUCCGUUGCCGCUUGUGAUGUUGUCGUUCAAUGUGUUGCCGCAAAUCCAAACCAUCGACCCAAUGCCGACAUGCCCCGUCAUGGCGCCGUUCCGUGCGCGGGCGAUGUGGAAGUAUGCCAUGCAGUGUGUCCUCCAAGAUGCCUAUCCGACGCGCCGAGAUGGCCACAGCGUCGUCUGGCUAAGCAAACGCAUCCUUCAGUACACGGACUUGUACAAGCGCAAGAUGGGCGUUCCGUAUAUCGAACACGUCGUGCGGGACUUGAUCGUGGAGCACAAGCAGAAGCAGCCGACCGUGCCGCCUGUCGUGCCCACCUAUGCCGCUCUCAACCGCGCCGAACUGUGGCAGCUCUCCGACUUGAUGUACCAAGUACGAAUGGAAUCGCUGCCGGCCACCCGAUCGCAUCGUGGUUGCGCCGUCCAUGCUGACGACUGUUUUGUGCAGCUCACGCCGGACAAGCAGCUCUAUUGCCGGGCGUUGGCCGACCGCAUCAUUCGUCAAGAGUUUGCUACGCGUAAUGCCAAGCCACCAGCAUCCGAAGAACGUUGCAGCAUGGCAUCGGUCGUUCGGCGCGGCAGUCUCGAGCGUCUCGGUCGUGUCCACUCGAUCAUCUUGAACGAUGACAACCCGUGGAAUCAAGUGGAUGUGGAGGCGGAGCUCUUUGGGGACAGCAAGACCCAUUCCACUCGCGUCGCGUCGCCCGUGGCAAGGUCCGACAAGAAAACGCCGCGGGAAUUUCGCGACGUGAUGACGGAGUUUGUCCGCAAGUACCAUACAACGCCCAUCGUCCACGUCGACGUGGGCCACGUUCGGUUUGCCUUUCGCCACGUGGAUGCCGCCAACGCUUUGAGGAAGAACGAGUGGGAAUUCAAUUGCGAAUUCGUCCGCGGGUGUGUUGCGGUGGCGGCGGACCCGGCCCCGUUCCUUUUGGUGGAAGGCCGUCUCGGCAGCGUCAUGGCGUCAGUUGUCGUCCCUGAAGCUGCCGACUGCCUCGUCGUGGCGAAUUGCAUUGCCGACACCAACGACGGUUGCUUCUACGCCGGCCUCCGCUUCGACCCGUCGAAUGCAAGGUCCUGA